UUAAUGGAUAGAAGCCCGCACAGUUUGCAACCUUGUGCUCAAGACCAUGGCGGAUGAUCUGCAUAUAUUCUUCCUGCCCUUUCUCUCCCCAGGCCACAUGAUCCCCAUGGUCGACUUGGCACGGCUUUUUUCAGGCAGAGGAAUCAAAGCCACCGUCGUAACCACCACCGGCAACGUGCCUCUCGUCAAGCCUACCGUUGAUCUCGCCAACACCGACGCUUCCCUCCGCCACACUAUCCAACUCCUCCCCCUCCGCCUCCCCUGCUCAGAAGCUGGAAUUCCCGAGGGCUACGAGAACCUCGCCGCCUUCCCUAACCCCGACGACCUCUUUCAGCUCACCGCCGCCACCGACAGGCUUGAGCCCUCCUUCUCGCUGCUGCUCAAAACCCACCGCCCUGACUGCGUCGUCGUCGAUUUCUUCUAUCCUUGGGCCACCCGCGUCGCCCAAGAAGCCUCCGUUCCUUCGCUCCUCUUUACUGGAUCCAACUUCUUCAGCUCCGCAAUUAUUAAAAUCGUAAUAGUCGGCGAGCUGAACCAGGGCGACUUGGAGACCGAGCGAUUGAUCGAGGUUCCCGGCAUACCGCAGAAGAUCCAUCUCAAGCUCUCUAAUCUCUCCUACGUUGUCCUUCAUCCCAACGAGUUCUCCCACCGGAUGGUCGAAAGCCUUCACCGGACCCACGGCACGGUCGUGAACAGUUUGUACGAGCUGGAACGUGACUACGUCGAUCGAGCCCCCAACUCGCGAGACCACAGGUUCUGGUUCGUCGGCCCCGUCUCGCUGCAGAACCGAGGCAUGGAUAUGAAGAUGGUGCGAGGGAGCAGCGGCGCUGCUUCGGGGAGCGCCGAUCAUUUCUUGAGUUGGCUCGAAACCAAGAGGCCGAGGUCAGUCCUCUACGUCUGCUUCGGGAGCGUGGCCCGGUUCACGGCCACUCAGCUGCGGGAGAUCGCGCGAGGUCUCGAUGCGUCGGACCGGCCGUUCAUCUGGGUCGUGGGGAACGCCGGAGAGAUAUCGGAAUGGCUUCCAGAGGGAUUCGUGAACAGGGUGGUCGGCGGCGGGAAGGGAAUGUUGGUGCAAGGAUGGGCGCCGCAGCUUCUCAUAUUGAAUCACGAAGCGGUGGGAGGCUUCGUGACGCACUGCGGUUGGAACUCGUGCCUGGAAGCGAUUGCUGCCGGUGUUCCGGUGAUCACUUGGCCGUUGUUUGCCGAGCAAAUCCUGAACGAGAAGCUGUUGGUCAACGUGCACAGGGUGGGGAUAUCAAUCGGUGUGAUUUCCUGCGGCAAUAAAGCAGAGGAGCGGACGAUGGUGAACAAUGAGCAACUGAAGGAGGCGGUGGAUGAGCUGAUGGGUAGUGGAGAGGAAGCAGAAGAGAGGAGGAAGAGAGCGAGGGAGCUGGGAGAGACGGCGAGAAGGGCGAUUGAAGAAGGUGGAUCUUCUCAUCAAGCGAUGACUUGCCUCAUAGAGGAGUUGAUUCGAUUGAAAACUGUUGGAUUAAACAGGGAGAAUGAAGAUGAGAAGAAAUGAACUAACAAUAACAGUCUUUGAACAUCGUUUGUAUGCUUCUCCAAAAUUAAACAAUGCUCGUCGGUGCAAAUGCUGAUCUUAAACGUCUCAGAACUGGCUAUAAUUUAUGACUCGUAGUAUUGGAUAGUAUUGGGAGAGCAUUAUUAUGACACCUGAUACGGUGUAUACUGGAUGAUCCGGAUAGCUUGUAAUUAAAA